UUCCAGCAUCUCUGUCGUGCUUGGCCUCAUUUCGUUUUCUAUCACUCACCUGUCGCUGACCCUGUCUCCAAUAUAUCGUUUUAUUUUUGUAAAACAAGCUUGUAAUUUUUUUCAAAGGUUCCAAGUUUAAAUUAUGUGUAACAUAAAAAUUACAUAUUUUUGUUUUCUUUUCGCCAUUUACUAUUUGUCUCCUGGUUUGUCAUAUCCUCCAUGUGUGGAAGGCGGCCAGAAGCAUCCCCCAGGGUCAGAGUGGACAAGUGUGGUCAAUGGAGAGUGUAAGGGAUGGAGUUGUUCAGCAACAGGUGAACUCUCCAUGUCGCAGUGUCCACAAUACAGGCUAUACGAAGGCUGCUACUUGAUUCCAGGAGAUCUGACCAAGAGCUACCCCGACUGCUGCCCCGAGCCGUUCUGUCCGGCGCCGCCAUAGGGCGAGCUGAAUACAGAGUUUAUAAUACAAACAUUAGCAAGUGUCAUACAAGUUUAACAAGUUAUGUAAUUCCAUGAUUUUUAUAUCUACGUGUCUCAAUUUUUAUGAACUUAAAAUAUAUAUAAUAUGAUAUAAAGGUAUAUUACUGUAAA